CGCCCCGGCUCCUAUAAGCCCGGCCGCCGCCCGAGCCGCCGGUUCACCCGCAGCAUGGCCUGGAACACCAACCUUCGCUGGCGACUGCCGCUCACCUGCCUGCUGCUGCAGGUGGCCAUGGUGGUCCUCUUCGGAGUAUUCAUGCGCUAUGACACCGACGCGGAUGUCAGCUGGUGGCGGGAGAAGGCGCACAGAAACAUCACCACCGACCUGGAGAACGAGUUCUACUACCGCUACCCGAGCUUCCAGGACGUGCAUGUCAUGGUCUUCAUGGGCUUUGGCUUCCUCAUGACCUUCCUGCAGCGCUAUGGUUUCGGGGGCGUGGGCUUCAACUUCCUGCUGGCGGCCUUCGGCAUCCAGUGGGCGCUGCUCAUGCAGGGAUGGUUCCACCACCUGGAUCCAAAGGGCCGCUACAUCCUCUUGGGCAUCGAGAGUCUCAUCAAUGCUGACUUCUGUGUGGCCUCUGUCUGCGUGGCCUUUGGGGCAGUGCUGGGCAAAGUCAGCCCCAUCCAGCUGCUCGUCAUGACCCUGUUCCAAGUGACCCUGUUCACGGUGAAUGAGUACAUUCUUCUCGACAUACUAGAGGUGAAGGAUGCAGGGGGCUCCAUGACCAUCCACACAUUUGGUGCCUACUUUGGGCUCACAGUAACCUGGAUCCUUUACCGUCGCAACCUAGAGCACAGCAAGCAGAAGCAGAGUUCUGUGUACCACUCGGACCUCUUCGCCAUGAUUGGAACCCUCUUCCUGUGGAUGUACUGGCCCAGCUUCAAUUCAGCUAUUUCCUCUCAUGGAGAUGCCCAGCACCGAGCUGCCAUUAAUACCUACUGCUCCUUGGCGGCCAGUGUGCUGACCUCAGUGGCACUGUCCAGUGCACUGAACAAGAAGGGCAAGCUGGACAUGGUGCACAUCCAGAAUGCCACGCUGGCUGGAGGGGUGGGCGUGGGCACCACCGCCGAAAUGAUGCUCACGCCCUACGGUGCCCUCAUUGUGGGCUUCUUCUGCGGCUUCAUCUCCACCCUGGGCUUCGUGUUCCUCACGCCAUUCCUGGAGUCCCGGCUGCGUAUCCAGGACACAUGUGGUAUUCACAACCUGCACGGCAUCCCUGGCGUCCUGGGCGGCAUCGCAGGUGCUGUGACAGUGGUCUUCGCAGACCCUGAUAUGUAUGGACCCGCAGGGUUCUCAAAGAAAGUCCGGGAAUCAAGAAUUCAGGGCAAGUUCCAGAUUUACGGCCUCCUUCUGAGCUUGGCCAUGGCCCUGGUGGGCGGCAUCAUGGUGGGGCUCAUCUUAAGACUACUGUUCUGGGGACAACCAGCUGAUGAGAACUGCUUUGAGGACGAGGUGUACUGGGAGGUGCCUGAAGAGAACAGAGCUUCCCACGACCCUGAGGACUCCACCCUCAAGCCCCCGGCCCUGUUGAUACCUUCAGGAACACCUGCCUUCUCACAGGUCUUGGUAGCCUAAGCUCCCGAGCAGGCUCCACAGACGGUGGGGGCUUUGGAAGGAUCCGGGGACUCCGGAGCAAACCAGCAGCACCGGCUUGCUGGCCCAGCCCCAGGUGCCUCCAUCCACCCCAUACUGCCUUCACCCCAAGGGAUGGCCUGAGGACCUGAGGAUGGAGGAGGGGGAGCCACGACAAAGUGGGGGUGCACCAUGGGAAGUCUGCCCCCACCUAGGGUCUUGGUGGCCACAUCUGUGCCAAGCAGGCUGGAGAAACUUGUCCUGAUCCUUCUAGGAGGCAAUUCAGCUGCCAGCCACCACCUGCUGGGCACUGCUGCCCCCUGCCUACCCUAACCAGCCCCUCCUAAGCUCCAGGGUCCCCCAGACUUCUGUGCCUCCAUAAAUAAACACUUGUGUUCUUUAUAGAA